UGAUGAAACGUAGCUCCGCCCCGGGGAGUUACGUAACGCAGGAGGUUGCUGUGGUAGCAGUGAGCGCCAUGUUAGAACAGACAGGAAGCUAUUAGGCGGAAGCUUCCGGUUAGGGUAGCUCAUUGUUGUUCGUCGGAACCGGUUUCUAGAAGAGGGGAUUCUCCUCUUCCGCCGCCUUCCUUCGGAGUAUCAUGCCCUGCUGCUGCGGGAGGGGAGGGUGACCAUGCCGUUUCCUCUAGUGAGCCAGGGAUCACAGCAGUCACAGAAGACCUUUGGUAUUACUUCACCUAUAAGUUUAGCCGCACCCAAAGAUACAGAUUGUACCCUCACGCAAAAACUAAUUGAAACCUUAAAACCUUAUGGAGUUUUCGAAGAGGAAGAGCAGUUGCAGCAUAGAAUUUUAAUUUUGGGGAAAUUAAACAACUUGGUAAAAGAAUGGAUCCGGGAAAUCAGUGAGCUCAAGCAUCUUCCACAGUCUGUCAUUGAAAAUGUAGGUGGAAAGAUUUUUACUUUUGGAUCAUACCGAUUAGGUGUUCAUACUAAAGGUGCUGAUAUUGAUGCUCUCUGUGUUGCUCCAAGGCAUGUUGAUAGAAGUGACUUUUUUUCAUCUUUUUAUGAGAAGUUGAAGCAGCAGGAAGAAGUCAAAGAUUUGAGAUCUGUUGAAGAAGCAUUUGUACCAGUGAUUAAAUUGUGCUUUGAUGGGAUAGAGAUUGAUAUCCUAUUUGCAAGACUUGCACUGCAGACAAUACCUGAGGAUUUAGACCUCCGAGAUGACAGCCUGCUGAAAAAUUUAGACAUACGAUGUAUACGUAGUCUGAAUGGUUGCCGAGUGACUGAUGAAAUUCUUCAUUUAGUACCAAACAUAGACAGCUUCAGGUUAACUCUCAGAGCAAUCAAAUUAUGGGCCAAACGUCACAACAUCUACUCAAAUAUACUUGGUUUUCUUGGCGGUGUUUCAUGGGCUAUGUUGGUAGCAAGGACAUGCCAACUAUAUCCAAAUGCAAUUGCAUCGACUCUUGUUCAUAAAUUUUUCCUAGUGUUUUCAAAAUGGGAAUGGCCUAAUCCUGUGCUACUGAAGCAACCAGAAGAGUGCAAUCUGAAUUUACCUGUCUGGGAUCCUAGGGUGAAUCCCAGUGAUAGGUACCACCUUAUGCCUAUAAUCACACCAGCCUACCCUCAGCAAAAUUCUACAUACAAUGUUUCGGUGUCAACUCGCGCAGUUAUGAUUGAAGAGUUCAAACAAGGACUGGCCAUUACAGAUGAAAUCUUGCUUGGUAAAGCAGAGUGGUCCAAACUUUUUGAUGCUCCCAACUUCUUUCAAAAGUACAAGCAUUAUAUUCUCCUACUUGCAAGUGCACCAACGGAAAAACAGCGGCUGGAAUGGGUAGGCUUGGUAGAGUCAAAGAUUCGCAUUCUUGUUGGAAGUUUAGAGAAAAAUGAAUUCAUUACACUGGCUCACGUUAACCCUCGGUCAUUCCCAGCACCUUCUGAGAACAUGGAAAAGGAAGAAUUCCGUACAAUGUGGGUCAUAGGGCUAGUGUUUAAGAAAAUGGAAAAUUCCGAAAAUUUGAGUGUUGAUCUAACUUAUGACAUUCAGUCUUUCACUGACACAGUGUACCGGCAGGCCAUUAACAGCAAAAUGUUUGAAACUGAAAUGAAAAUUGCUGCAAUGCACGUCAAGAGGAAGCAACUUCAUCAACUGCUUCCUAGUCAUGUGCUCCCCAAAAAGAAAAAGCAUUCAUUUGAAGGUGUAAAACUGUUAUCUCUGAAUGACAGCAGCAUUGAUUUAUCAGUGGACAGUGACAACAGCAUGUCUGUGCCUUCUCCUACCAAUGCCACAAGAACCAGUCCACUAAAUUCUUCUGGAUUGUCUCAGGGCAGAAACAGCCCAGCAGCACCAGUAUCCUUUUCUGUGACCAACGUCCAGGCUACUGAUGUGAUGGUGCCACAGAAUAAUUCCACUGAAAAUUUAGGGGGUAGUUUGAAUGAAAGCAUUCCUGAAACUGCCACACACCCAGGUUUUUCUUCAACGCCAAAACCUUUGGUGACCCGAGUUGUUUCUUCCAUGCGUUUGGUUAACCAACUUCAAAAGCCUGUCUCAAACACAAUUACAAAAAUGCCCAGUCCAGUGGCAGGUGUGAAAAGGACAUCUUCUCCUUCGAAUGAAGACAUCCCCAAAAAAAACAAAACAGAGGAGGAUGAAAAUGAUAGCAGUAUUUCCGCAGAUGUGGAUGAACAAAACAAAUUAGAAACUGAAGAACUAAAGGAAGUCCAUAGUGAAGCAAAAUCCUCAUCCCCUGUGCCAGGUUCACUGCCAUCCUCUCAGGCACAGGUACAAAUCAGAGGCAAUGUGAUGGAUUUUUUUGGCUGCCGCUGGCUUAAGUACAGAUUUGUGGAAACAAUAUGAUGGAUGUUUUGGCUUUUCUGACACAGCAAUCAAGUACAGAUCUGUCUGAUAUUUCUGUCCUCCCUGCUACUCCUAUUCCUGUUAUCAAGAAUUCAAUAAAACUAAGACUGAACCGAUAAACACAAUUUCCUCAGGGUCCAUAAACAAUGUCCACCAGUUCAGCUUUUUUUCCUGCUGCAAGGCCUAAACUGCGGAGGUUAGCAGGGCACGCCGCUGACACUUUAGACUUUUAUUCUGAAGGUGUCCUGGGCUACAGGCAGCCUUUCUGGAAGUCCAGGUUAGUAUGACGAGAAUAAAGUGCUAUUAAUGUGUUGACAGCAUAACUAAAGGACUCUAUUCCCUUUCAAGAAGAGAUGAAAAAAUAUUACUGCAUAUCUGUCUGUACUUAACAUUCUGACUGAAAUAAUGGUUGAUGUUUAUUUGCAAAAUACAACUGGCCUAAAAUCUUU